UUUAAAUUUAAUUUUGUAGCGUCCUUUGGUUGAAGUUAAACCAUAUUCCCGCGUAUCGACAUGGCGCAUAACGUUGCAAUUCUAUCCCUGAUUCCUAGGUUAUCUUACCAUAUUCGAAUGCAACUUCCAAAUUUAACAGUAUUUGACGUUUCGCCAGAUAAAACUGAUACAAUAGAAAAAUUAAAAAGUGCAGAUAUACUUGUAACUGAUUGUGAUUUGUUUCUACCAUAUACAGAUAAAUUACCAUCCUUAAAGUGGGCCCAAGUAACAUGGGCUGGUGUUGAAAAGUUAGUUUCCAAUUCACAAGAUAAACAAAUUAAUUAUGUAGUUACACGUUUUUCUUCCAAGGCUUUUGGUUUAGCUAUGUCUGAGUAUGUAAUAGCACAUAUUUUUAAUUUUGAACGCAAUCAAAGACAGCAAUACAAAAAUCAGAAGCAGAGACAAUGGAUAACAAGUGGAAAAAUUUUGUCUCACAGAUUAAUUUGUGAUUUAUCUGUGGGUAUUCUAGGUUUAGGAAAUAUUGGAAAAUCAAUUGCACAAAACUUGAAAGUAUUUGGAGCCACUGUAUGGGGAAUUACACGGACACCACUGAAAGAAACUUUACAUUACCUUGAUGAACACAGAACAAUUGAAUCUUUACCUGAAAUGCUGGCACACUGUGAUUAUAUCAUUAAUGUUCUACCAUCUACACCUAAUACCAUAGGUUUAUUAAAUGGGAAUGUAUUAGAGAAUUGCAAAAAUCGUGGUAGCGUUUUUAUCAACAUUGGUCGAGGUACAAUUAUCAAAGAAAUAGACUUAUUAACUGCUCUUGAAGAACAGUGGAUUUCUGGAGCUAUUUUGGAUGUUUUUGAAGAAGAACCACUGCCAACAGAAAGUAAAUUGUGGACAUUACCACAGGUUACUAUAUCACCACAUGUCUCAGGAGUAUCUCGUGCUCAGGAUGUAGUACAAUUUUUUGUUGAGAACUAUAAAAAAUUUGCUAAAGGUGAAAAUUUGUUGAAUGAAGUACAUUUCAAAGAAGGUUAUUAAUUAUUAAGAUGUCCAUUAAGUAUUCAUGGAACUCUUAUUCAAUAUAGCAACUGCAUAUAGUACAAAAUUAACAUAAAAAAUUUGUAAUUAUAGUAUUUUAUAAAGUUAAAAUAAUAUAAAUAUAACCAUUUUAAUAAUAUAUUAUAUAUGAUAAUGUAUAUGUAUGUAUGUAUAUUAUUAUUAUUAUUAUUUCUGUAGAACUUUCUUAAAAAAUAUUUAUUCUGCUUCUUGUGAUACUGAAUUUGAAGAUGGUUUUAAACCUCGUAUACUGAGGUCAUAAACUACUUCUUCUACUUUUUUAACAGCAUAUUUUAAGCCAUCAAAACGUUUUCUUAAGGAAUCAUUCUUCAAAUGUAAAAGUCUAAAGCCUGCAUUUAGUUCACUCACAAAUCUGGCUAUUUCUAUAGGUCGAUUAUAAUCACCAUUAGUGACACUAUUUAUGGCAAAACGACUCUGAAAUACAAUGCUUAAUAAGUAAUGGUAAUUAUUUA